AAAUACAGGCUCCUUAAUCAGGGACAGAACGAAACCAAAAUUGCCAAUGAACCAAGUGGCAUUGGCGUGGGAGCAAAAACACUAUGAUAUAUUCUGUUCUCUCUUCCUGCUGAUCGCAAAUAAGGCAUUAUCAGAACCGACGCCCGUUUCUUUGUUGGAAAUUCAUAAUUCCUGGGGGAGUCUGCAUAGGACAUCUCUUAGGUUUGUGGAUCUACACCCGCUUGGGGCGAGAGGACUAGUGAUUGCUGGUGGGUGGUUGGACGCCAGCCUGCACAGAACCAGAUGUUCAAACCUCCUGCCCUUCCACGCUGGGCCCCCAAUCCAACCACCCUUACUAAUAAUAAUAAUACAUUCUUUUUACUGGAUAUACUCCUAAUAGAUUAGAUUAAAUAUAUAAACAAAUGAUACAUCAUAUGGGAUUAUUGGAUAAUUACUAAAUUCUGCUGCUUGCAAAGAAAAUUAAUGCUAAUAAAAAUCAUUAAAACGGAAGGAAUAUGCGAAGCGGAUCAACGGCCCAGUAACUCGCUUUAGAGAAAUUGCUUCUGUUUUUUUUUUUUUUUUUCCUUGAGAAAAUUUAGAGAAAUUGCUUCGCAAUUCCAUACAUAUUGGAAUACCAUUGUACUAUACGAAUAUAUGUCUCGUCUUCUUCUUUUUCUUCUUCUUCUUCACGCCGCUGCUAUUUGAUCGUUCACGUUUUUCUAUUUUUUUUCCCUUCUAAUUUAUUGAUUUGAUUUGAGCAACAGUCGUCUAAUCAACCCAAUAAGAAGACGCAAAUAUUCUCAAAAAGAAAGAGAGAGAUGGCGUCGACAGAAGGUCUAAUGCCAAUAACAAGGCAAUUCUUAGCAUCAUACUACGACAAAUAUCCUUUUCAGCCUCUAUCCGACGACGUUUCACGUCUCACCUCUGAGAUUCGCUCCAUUGCCUCUGAUUUGCUCAAGGAUUCCCCUCCUUCUAAAGAUGAAAGGUUACUAGUAGAAGAAGCAGAGCGUGAUCCAAUUCAUAAAAUUGAUGAGAAUAUGUGGAAGAAUCGAGAACUUAUGGAAGAAAUUCUGUUCUUGCUUGAUCAUUCACGCUGGCCAUCUGCUCUUCGACAACCAUCCACACCUGAAGAUAGUGAACUUGCUACUGCUAUUGCCAAAGUUAGAGAUUUUUUCCGAAAGACUUUGAAGACGUUGGAGAUUUUCCAAGCUAAAAAUUCUGAACGUGUUUUUAAUACAGUUAUGACCUACAUGCCACAAGAUUUUCGAGGAACACUUAUCAGACAACAAAAGGAAAGGUCAGAGAAAAAUAAGCAAGCAGAGGUUGAUGCUUUAGUUAAUUCUGGUGCAACUAUACGCGAUCGGUAUGCUUUGUUAUGGAGACAACAAAUGGAUAGGAGGAAAAUGCUAGCACAGCUUGGUUCUGCCACAGGUGUAUAUAAAACUCUUGUGAAGUACUUAGUAGGAGUUCCUCAGGUUUUACUAGAUUUUAUUCGGACAAUAAAUGAUGAUGAUGGGCCUAUGGAAGAGCAAAGACAACGUUAUGGACCACCUUUAUAUAGCCUUACAGCAAUGGUCCUUUCCAUUCGAGUGUUGCUUUCACUAUCAUGGGCGAUGUUUGAGGAUAGAAAACUAAAAGGGCAUCAAGUUGUUGUGUUGGAACAAGCCGUUGAUGUCUAUACCCGUGAGUUUGAAAGGUUCAUCAUCUUCAUCGGUGAGGUUUUUGCAAAUGCCCCUUUCUUUAUCUCAGCAGAGGUUGCUGGUGCAUUAGCAGGGAGGACAAAUGAUGAAUUCAAAGAGAUAAGUGUUCCAGCUGGAAAAACCCAUGAGGUUUCAUUGGUAGUGGACUCAGUAAACUCAUACAUUGCUUGGGAUUUCUCUCUGAUACAAGGAAAGAUGAAUGUGGAUAUUGGAUUUAGCGUGGAAUAUAUGGAUCCUUCUGGGAAAAGGAGUUUGAUUUUACCUUACCGGCGCUAUGAAUCUGAUCAGGGAAACUUCAGCACAGUUACUGCUGGGAAUUACAAACUCAUAUGGGAUAAUUCAUAUUCAGCAUUUUUCAAAAAGGUCUUACGCUACAAGGUGGACUGUAUACCUCCAGUUGUGGAACCAUUGCAAUCUACAGACCAAGUGGAGGGAUGAGAGGCUUCAUCAUCUUUGCAUAUAGCAUUUGUCAAAUGAUGGUGCUGAUUUCAAUCAAAUUUAUUUGUACCAGUUCAUUCUUUCUCUUUUGAAAUUUCCAACUCAGUAGAGUUUUUCUUCUUUUCCUGGCACAAGCGAUUGGCCAAGAGUAUAGUUACUGUAACAUGCUUGUAUAUUACCUGGCAUUGGGCAUAAUCCAUUCUUAUAAUGGCAGUAGCAGCAUAUGAGCGCCCUUUAUUGCUAGUUCUAGAGCAAAGAUUGCACGGUCCAAUCUCUCACCAUUGCAUUGUAAAACCUCGGGCAAGUACAAGUUAAUUUAUAAAAUGACAAAUUCGUUUA